AUGAAUUUAGUCCAACGGGGUGUGGACACCGUCAUGAGGGAGUACUUGAGUAAUGGAGUGACCCGUUUCGUCGAAAAUCGUGAAAGAAUGCAGUCCUACCUCGUUACUAGGCCAUUGCCGGCCUCAUCUGGUGUUUCUUCUCCUCAUCCUGAUACUUCAUGCGUAAAGGUAGAUGUUGCAGACGAUUCAGAGGGCUCGGAGGUUUAUAUGGACGCCAGCGAAGAUGCUCCACUCGGCUCUCCCUCAGUUGGCGCUGUUGCCACUGUACCGAUCGAUACCGCUACCAGCGCAGUGAAGGCCGAUGCAAUUAGCACGGCGGCGCUGCCUGAGUGGCACAUAGAUUCGGAGAGUUUGCCGACUGAUCCACUGGCGCCAAACCCGGAUAGUGAGUGGCUUGCAUCCUCGGAUGAUUACUCUCCGCUACCUUCCACUCCCGCUUCCUUCCCACCUGAAUGGACUACACUCGUAGCUUCCGAUGUGGCCCAAAUGGCGGUGACAUCGUCUACAACUGUCGCCACUGCAGAGGAGGGAACAUCGGAUGGCGAUGAUACAUCACCAGCUGUGCGGCGUCUCUCUGACGCCUAUAUUGCUGGAAUGCCGAGCAAACGUCGAAGGGUAGGUAUUGUUGUCUCUUGA